AUGCCUCCAUCUUGCGAUGAAGCAACAAGCCUGCUUCAAGAAGCCCCAGAAAACUCAGAUCUGUUAUAUCCGGGCAACAAAGCCCCGCAUUGGAUUACUGCAAUCAUAUUGUUGUGCGGCGGAGCGGUCCUGUUCGACCUUUCUAACAAUCUGGGUUCGGUCGCAGAGAUUGCUAUCUUGGAAGACAUAGUAUGCCGGGAUCAUUAUGCUACGACUGCUGCAAUUCUUUCGGCUUCAGAAAGAUGCAAGAUUGAACCUGUUCAGGCGGAGAUUGCACUACUCAACAGCUGGAGGGAAACCUUCGAGUCAAUUCCUGCCAUCCUUCUUGCCUUACCAUACGGGAUGCUGGCGGAUAGGAUUGGGUACAGGCCGGUCGCUUUACUGGCCUUAUUAGGCAGUGCCAUGAGCGCCAACUGGAGCAGAGUGGUUUUUUGGUUUCAUCCCACCUUACCCUCCCGUGCCCUUUGGCUCUCUGUCCUGUGGCAGAUCUUAGGGGGAGGACCGCAGGUUGUAACGUCCUUCUCUUUCUCAGCUGUAGCCACUAUCAGCCCUGCGAACAAAACGGCGAAUGUCUUCUCCCAAAUUACCGCAGUUGUUUUGACGACGGAAUUGAUUGCACCUCCGAUUGGUGCCGCACUCAUGACCAUCACUCCGUGGAUACCGUUCCUCGCAUCUUCUGUGAUAGCAGCCAUUUCAGUGACCUGA